UGGGUCUGGGCGGCGCCGCACACAGGACUCGAUGAAGAUGGCUUAUCUGAUCUGGAAGUGGGCCACGGUCACCAAGCCGUUUCCAGAGCCGUAUCGCCACAUUGCAACCAUUUCUGCCGGGCUCUGCUCCUUGGUCCUCUACCAGAUGUAUCUGUGGCCGUUCUACAAUCUCUGGACGCCGGACUGCACCGGAACAGAUAUGGUCAUGCCGGCCGACGCCAUCCUCAUCAGCCUGUACAGCCUGUGGCUACUGAUCGAGCUCAUCACGGCAACGGGACUGGCUCUGUUCCUUUGGGAGCAUGUUGUGCAGAUGAAGAAGAUCCUGGCCGUGAGCGCUUCCGGGUGCGCAGAACUGCAAAAGGACCGGCAGGAACUGACACACACGCUUAAGCAAGAGGUCUUUCGAGUCAUCUGGUCGGCGGUCAUCGGGCUGGUCGUCUGCGCGGCGGCCGUCAUCGAGACCAUUACCAAGAAGAAGGUUCUCUAUUUGCGCGGGACGUUCUUUACCAUUGGUCAAUUCAUACUGGUCUCGAGCCUGAUGGACACAGGCGAAUCGUCCACACCAAGCUUGCUAUAGGCUGCUUUCCUGUUCUGGCGCGGCGUGCUGGAUCGACACGCCGGCUCGGCAAAAGAAAACCCCUGAGGAGCAGCGCUGUAAGUGCUGCAAGCGGUAUUAGCG